AUGGCGACGCUGUCCGCCAACCACCAAGUGACUUGGGACUUGGCACAGGUGUUCAACCUGGCACUGACCCUAUGCGAAGGGAUCUUCCUCUGCCAGCUAUUCAACAACCUCCAGGUGCACUCCAUCCACCUCAAGGAAAUCAACCUGAGGUCACAGAUGCCCGAGGCGCUGCCCAGAGAUGCAGUUGGGAAGAAAGAGAGGGCUCAUACCAAGCAGAUGGCGCGUAAGUCGACGGGCGGGAAGGCGCCCCGCAAGCAGCUGGCCACCAAGGCGGCCCGCAAGAGCGCGCCGGCCACGGGCGGCGUGAAGAAGCCGCACCGCUACCGGCCCGGCACCGUGGCGCUGCGCGAGAUCCGCCGCUACCAGAAGUCCACCGAGCUGCUGAUCCGCAAGCUGCCGUUCCAGCGGCUGGUGCGCGAGAUCGCGCAGGACUUCAAGACCGACCUGCGCUUCCAGAGCUCGGCCGUCAUGGCGCUGCAGGAGGCGUGCGAGGCCUACCUGGUGGGGCUCUUCGAGGACACCAACCUGUGCGCCAUCCACGCCAAGCGCGUCACCAUCAUGCCCAAGGACAUCCAGCUGGCGCACAUCUUCGGAAAGAGCAUAAAAUUUAUGAUGCUGGGGCUGGCGUGA